CGCUGCGGCGUCUUCCCUCCUGUAAACAUUUCCUCAAGAAACUUUGAGCUGCUCGGAUCUCUUCUCCCUCCCGAGGGAAAGAUCUGCAAGGAGCCUCCCCACCCGGGAGGACAGCGUGAGGGGGAGAUAAAACGCCCCAAGCAAAGCAUGAGGCCGAUUUGCAGGACAGCCUCCUCCUCCCUCGUCGUCUUCUGCAGCCUUGCUUUACUGGGAGCAGUAGCCCAAGACUCCUGCUCUGGUCACUGUGGGACACCUCGAAGCAGCUGCUCCUGCCACACAACCUGCGAAUCCCUGGGAAUCUGCUGCCCCGACUACUGGGAAUUCUGCCUGAACGCCUCUCCCUACUCAGGAACCCUCCUUGGGGGGAAAGACUUUAGCCUCCUCAACGUGACCGCCAGCAGCUCUUCCGACGUGAAUUGCAGGUUUGCAGGGUCAGUCGAGACCAGUGGCUACGUGGCUGGAGAUGGCCGAGUCCACUGCAUCUCCCCCUUACUCUACCAGAUCGGGAUCCUGAAGCUGGAGGUUUCCGGCGAUGGAGGACGGACAUUUCCCUGGAUGGCAACCUGGGAGUCAGUUCAUCACAGCAAAGUGUCUCCUUUGGAGAAAAGCACGCUGGUGAAUGAAACCAAGUGGCAGUACUAUGGCACUCCUGGCACCGGGGGGAACCUGACAGUCACCUGGAACCGCCGGACGCUUCAAGCCAGCCACGUCAAUGUCGAAGUCUGGGGCUAUAACGAAACAGGUGAGCCUUAUUCCAGCUCGUGGGUGGCGGAAUGGAAAUACCUUUACACCCUGAAGAGAAACCUGACCAACACAGGAGCCUUCACUUUCCUGCCGGUCCCCUUGGAUCACUACUCUGCCUGGGAAGUGGGGGCUCUGAGGAUUUCCUCCGCUGCUUGUUCUGACGGUCAGAGCAACGUGGCGGCCAUCUGGAGCACGGAGCACGCCUUGGCCUGGCACCUGGGAGACGACUUCCGGAAGGACCCAGCCGCGUGGGCCACAGCCAAGUGCCGCCAGUGGGACGCCCUCGAGGCAGGCCUGCCCAAUUUCCUAGAGGAGAUCCCAGACUGCCCCUGCACUUUGGCACAGGCCCGGGCGGAUGUGGGGAGAUUCCACACUGACUACGGGUGUGACAUAGAGAAGGGCAGUGCCUGCACCUACCACCCGGGGGCAGUGCACUGUGUCCGGGGGGUUCAGGCCAGCCCACGAUACUCCUCAGGGCAGCAGUGCUGCUACAAUGCUGCAGGGACCCAGGUCCUCACCGGAGACUCCAUCGGGGGAAGCACACCGGACCGAGGCCACGACUGGGGGGCUCCCCCUUAUGAAAAGCCCCCCAGGGUCCCUGGCUUUUCCCACUGGAUUUAUGAUGUCAUCAGCUUCUACUACUGCUGCUUGUGGUCCAAUAACUGCCCCACUUACCUCAACCGCCGUCCCUCAAGUGGCUGCAGGAAGUACCGUCCCCCCAGAGUUGCCUCAGCUUUUGGAGAUCCUCACUUUGUCACUUUUGACGGGACUAACUUCACCUUCAAAGGCCUUGGAGAAUACACUGUGCUGGAAUCCAGCCUCACAGCCCUGAGCAUCCAAGGGAGAACCCACCGUGCCAAGCUGUCAAAUGGAGCUGAGGCCAAGGUGACGGGCUUCUCUGCCGUUGCCAUGCAGGAGAAUCGCUCAGAUGUGGUUGAGAUACGUAUCCCAGAGCACUUGGACGGGCUGGAGGUCCUGCUCAACCAGAAGGCACUCAACUUCUCUGAACAAACCUGGAUGGAUCUGAAUGGCCUCUUUCUCUCCACUGCCCCUGGGCUGAAUGUCACUGCCAUGUUCUCCUCGGGAGUCGGAGUCGAAGUGAGGAGGGCGCGGAGGAUGCUGAGCCUGACUGUUUUGCUGCCCGCAAAGUUCCUGAAUCACACACAGGGGCUCUUUGGGGUCAUGAAUGGCAACCCCCGGGACGACUUGACCCUCCGCAAUGGGACCAUCCUAGAUGCCAACAGUUGCAGCCCAGAAGAGCUGUUUGCAUUUGGCGCAGACUGGGCCGUCAAGAACGAAACCUCCCUCUUCACCUACGACAGCCAGUUCCUGCUGCAGACCUUCUUCUACGGGCCAAAGCAUGACCCCUCUUUCCUGCCCAUCUUCCGGGCCCCUGAAGAUCCCACCGAUCCCCUCACUCAGGAAGCGGCCCAACUCUGCCAGUCGGACCCUUUCUGCAGGUUUGACGCACUGACGACAAGAGACCUCACAGUGGGGAACAGCACCAGGUGGUCCCACCGGAUCUACAAGCACCUAGAAGAGAGCCUGCAGCCAGUGGUUUCUUGUGGCUGGCUGGCACCCCCCUCCAACGGCAAGAAGAAUGGAACCAGUUACUUAGCAGGAUCCACCGUCCGCUUCGACUGCAGUCCUGGGUUCAGCCUUGAGGGAUCCGCAGCCAGGACAUGCCAGGAGGACGGGCUCUGGUCAGGCGGAACCCCCAAAUGCCUGCCAAGUGCAGGGAGCAGGACACUUCCCUGGGGCUCCACGGUUGGCAUCCUGGGAUUCCUGGGCUUGGCAGCCACCCACCGGAUCAUCUAGCCUCCUUGGAGCACGGGAAACCCGGAGAGGCGGCCACAAAGCUGCGUUUCUGGCCUUUGGCUUGUGAUGGAAUAAACCUGCAGGUUUCUGUUGUUGUUUGUCAAAAAAA